GUUUUUGAGUUAGUUAAAAUGUUUCCCUAUAAAGAGCACAUAGAUAAAGUGAUUGGGGUUUAUGAGCGGUACACGGAGUAUGUAAGAAAAAACCCAAGUGCAACAGCACAGAUGGAGAGCACCGUUCGGACCAUCUCUUACCUAAUCGCAGGAAGAUUUGCAGAUUCCCAUGAACUAUCUGAACUUGUCUAUUCUGCUUCUAAUCUCCUGGUACUGUUCAAUGACAGCAUUCUGCGCAAAGGACUAAAGUGUGCCCUGACUGUGUCUAUCUCACAGCAGAGAAUUCUCACCUGGCUCUCUGUGUUGGAAUAUGUGGAGGUGUUCCUGGAGAUGGGCACCCAAAAGGUGUGCGGUGAAGUUUGCUGCUGGCUGGUCAUUGGACUCAUUCAAAUUAUAAAGGCUGUUUUGCGGCUUGUGCUUCUUUUGUGGUACAAAUCGGGAAUCCAAACGUCACCCCCCAUCCUCCCACUUGACAGACGUGCAGAGAUAGGUGGUGAAGAUGAUUGUAACGUGGAGCAGCAACAAGACACCUGCUUUGUCGGCCAGAGGUCAGGACGUGUCAUCAGAUCAUUAGGCAGUGCGGCUUCCUUUGUGCAACGUCGGCAUUGUGGAGCAGCCACUAAGAAGAGGACUCAAAAAUUGAUGGAAGAGAAAUUCCACACAAAACCGACACCCUUGAGGCUACAGGAGACCAUCGCUGAAACUGUAUACAUCUGUCGACCUCUUGUACAUUUAUUCAGCCUCGUACUUUGUGGAAAGCAAUCCUGGAUGCCAUGGCUAGUCUCCGCAGGUCUGGAACUUUCUAGCUUCGCAAUGCUACAUGAAAGAAUAUUUGAGAACAGAUGGGAGAGGGAAGAGAUGAGGAGAAGAACCUUUCUUUUACUGUACUACCUUGUCCGUUCCCCAUUUUACAACAGAUAUUCACAGGAAAAGAUUUUCUUUUUGCUCCAACUUCUAGCCAAGAAUGUUCCAGGAGUAGGCCUUGUAGCACGGCCUCUCAUAGAGUACUUGCCCACCUGGCAGAAGAUCUACUUCUACAACUGGGGAUGAAGCAGCCCUCACUGCCAUCUGGACAGUCCAUCUGAAAUAUAUAUUUUUUAAAUGUUUUCUGCAGUUUCUCUACUACACUCACACAUUUGCCAUUUAUGUGGCCAUAGUUGUAGCAGAAUAGUUGUAAAUCCAUAUUAAAGACGGGAAGAGAC